AUGUCUUCCGUCUUGCCCAUCGUCGCAGGAACCGUUGCCGCGACCUACAUCAUCCUCCUACUUCUCCUUCGCCUCACGCAAGAUGUGACCGAGCCACCGUCAGUCAAUGAUGCAAUUCCAUUUAUCACACCUGUAUUCAGCAUGUUAUCUAAGGGUACAGGUCUUCAUCGUGUAUUGAGAGAUCAGUAUAAUCUGCCAAUUCACACACUGCGACUGCCUGGUUCACGUAUAUAUGUAAUCAACUCUAUGCAUCUUCUCACGUCGGCCCAGAGCCAAUUUCGAACACUUUCGUUCACCGCUAUACAAAGCGGCAUUGUAGCGAAUAUUCUAGGUGUCAACAAAGCUACCAAUGAGAUCAUUAGCCGAGGUGCGACGAGCCACGGGAGCUAUUUAACGAGCUUUCCCAAGUACAUCCAUCCCACUUUAAGUGCCGGUCCUGGCCUCAACGACAUGAACAAGAGGUCAAUCCUCGUUAUGGCCAAAUCUAUGAACACAUUGGUGGGAAAAGGAACUGCGACUGUGAAGAUGUUCCAAUGGGUUCGCCACGAGCUUCUGCUGGCAUCUACUGAAGCAGUUUACGGCCCCAAAAACCCCUUUCGUGACGCUACUAUGGAACAGGCUUGGUAUACGUUUGAGCCGGGGGUUAUGAUAUUCGCGUUAAACUUGGUCCCUCGCCUGCUUGCGAGGAAGAGUUACAAAGCUCGUGAAUAUAUGGUCAAAAUCUGGGAAAACUAUUUCGAAACAGGCUCAUAUCACCAAGGCUCCGAAAUGAUAAAAGCCCGCGUCAAACUCAAUAAUGAUUUCCAGAUUUCUUUAAAAGAGACGGCAAGACUGGAAGUGGGAGGUACCCACGGCAUCCUCUCUAACACUCUUCCGGGAACAUUUUGGACGAUAUACCACAUUUUCUCUAACCCGGUAGUCCUCGAAGAUAUCAGGAAUGAAUUAUCUAAAGGAGUCCAGCAAGAGGAUAAUGGUUCCUAUACUAUUGACUUGACCUACGUCAAAACUUCCUGCCCCAUCUUGCUUUCAACUUUCAAGGAGACAAUGCGCAUGCACUCCACUUCUAUAUCCACCCGUCAGGCUAUGCAGGACCACUUGCUGGAUAAUAGAUACCUUCUUAAGGAAGGAAAUACCGUCAUGAUGCCGUCAGUGGUGCAGCAUACUAGUCUCCCCGCCUGGGGCGACACUGUGGAUUUAUUCAAUCACAAAAGAUUCGUCUCGGGCGCGAAACGCGUUGAUCCAGUUGCAUUCCGUGGGUUCGGGGGAGGAACGACUUUGUGCCCUGGGCGACAAUUCGCAUCUACCGAAAUCUUGAUGUUUUCAGCUCUCGUUGUUCUUCGAUUCAAUAUUCAUCCCGUAAAGGGCAAGUGGGCUACACCUUCGACAGUCAGUUCGUCCAUGGCGAGUGCCCUUCCUAUGCCUGAUUGGGAUUUCGAGGUUGAGCUGCAUCCUAGAGAUGAAAAAACCUGGAAGGUGUCCUUCUCAGAUUACAAUAAAGAAACUGGGAUAGGAGCGGAGGAAAUCCAGGCGUUGAAUUAG